AUGGCAGAUGAUAAUGGUGAUAACCCUCUAUCUGACAAAGUUGUUAUCCUCCUUAUCGCCAUGGGUUCAGCAUUAUUUGUUGUCUCAUUGUACCAUGUCAUAUCCAUUUGUUUUUGCCGCCAACAACGAGCCACCACAAACCAAAACUCACCACGGCUCGCCGCGGCAGAUGAAAGCGCAUCGACGUCAGUGGCAAACAUUAUCCCAACACACAAGUACCUCAAGAGAAGUAAAGCUGAUGUUUCGGAUGAAGAAAGAGACACAUGUGCCGUGUGUUUGGGAGAUUUUGAGGAGGGUGAAGAGUUGAGGACUAUGCCUGAGUGCUUGCACUCCUUUCAUGUACAAUGUAUUGACAUGUGGCUCCAUUCGCAUUCGAGUUGCCCCAUUUGCCGCGCCAGUGCCGCCCCUUCGCCGGCCGUGAAUGAACAACAUCGCAGCAUAGAUAUUAGUCAUACGGAGGCUCCACUUGCUAUCAUGCAACGUGGGUUGGUGCGAUGGUGA